GUGUGCACAGAUUUGAUUUUUAAUCAGGACACAACUGUUUUAUUUUUUUGAUUUAUAACCCCAUCCAAACUUCUGCAAAAGUCAUUUGAAUUCCAAUAUUAUAUGCAAUGUCAAAUAUUCCUGCCACAAAUGUAACUAACCCCUUGCCCGAUGAAGGAUUGGUGAGGGUAAUUAUACUUUCCACUCUCUCCACUGUUCCUGCUUGUGUGUUUCUCUUCAUAAAUGGCACCAUGUUGUUUACUUUGAGGAGUAAACCGGUGUUUCGGGAGACUUGCCGUUUUAUUCUCCUCUUUAAUCUCCUUCUUGCAGACACUCUUCAGUUGGCACAGAGUCAGCUUCAUCUUUUGUUCUCUGCUUGCAGCGUUAAGCUUGCGUAUUCUAUAUGCAUUGCUCUCAACAUGAUUGUGAAUCUUACAACUGGGAUUUCUCCUCUCACUCUGGUGUUGAUGCCGUUGGAGCAGUAUGUGGCUGUGUGUUACCCACUGAGGCACGCUUCCAUCAUCACAGUCAGAAACACAGCAGCUGCAGUCAUUGCCGUUUGGGCCGUCAGUUCAUUCAACAACCUGACUCGAGUUUUGCUAUUUUUGAAGUUUCCUUUUGAAAAGAUUAAGCCGACGGAUGUCUGUGCUAAUGUCUCUGUUCUGCUCGCGCCUCUGACAGCAGAAUACGACAGAGCGUACACUUGUGUGUUGUUUGUAUCUGCAGGUGUGGCUGUCACUUCCUCCUAUGUGGGGGUGAUAGUAGCUGCCAAGUCGGCGUCCACAGACAAAGCUUUAGCUCGUAAGGCUCGUCACACUCUGCUGCUGCAUCUGGUGCAGCUGGGACUCAGUCUGUCUUCCACCAUCAACAACCCUGUCAUCAUUGCCCUGUCAAAACUGUUAACGAGGAUGGCAUUUUUAUGGAUUCAGGGUAUUUUCUAUAUAUUGUUCAUUUUGUUUCCCAGAUGUAUGACCUCUCUGAUUUAUGGUCUAAGAGAUCAGACCGUCAGACCUGUUCUCCUGUACCAUCUGAGCUGUCACUUUAAAAUCAGUGUCAGAGGGUAA